AUGCAGAUAGCAGACUUGUUGCUCCCUGAUCUACCACUGGGUAUAGUGGGGUUCUAUACAAGUGAAACAACACCUCGUGCAUUCCCCGUUGUUGCUGUUGCUACUAGUUCUUGCAUUUAUAUAUACAGAAAUCUGAAAUUAUUUUUCAAGUAUUAUUUGCCUUCAGUUGAGUUAAGUACAUGUGAAUUGGAAAUAUGGAAACAGUUAAUGGACCCCAUUAAUCAAAAUAAUAAGUCCCUCACAGGUCUGACAGCAAGUCUGCAGACAAUACCACAGAAGGUUCUAAGCAGCCAAUCACAACAUUUCUUAAUAUUGGAUGCUGAGCAAAGGCUGGAGUAUGUAGAACAGAUGACCGGGCUACCGGGUUGUAAGAAUGUUGAGAUUGCUUGUAUAACCACAUUAAAAAUACAUUCGGUGGAUAAAUAUGCAAUAAGUUGUCUAGUUGUUGGGACCGAAGAAGGAGAAGUUAUUAUUUUAGAACCAGCUACAUUUACAACUGCAAAUAUAGCUAAGUUAUGUGCCAUUAAGAAGACACCCUAUCAAAUGGUUGCAACUGGAUUGUACAGUGUUGACUACAGAAUUACUAUCGCUACCAGAGAGAAAUCGGUAUGCCUAUUGAAACGGGACUGGAAAGAAGGUCAAUUGUUAUUCAACACUGAUGAACACAUCAUAGCGAUUGAAGUCUCCACUAUUGACAAUAGCAUAUUUGUUAUAUGCUGUGACAAGAAAUUCUCGUGUUACAGUAAAAAGGGAAAAAAAUUGUGGUCCCUAAAUUUGGAGCACCGACCCAUCGCUGUGACUUUGGUGCCGAUAAUGCAUUUAGGGAUCACAUUGACAGCAGUCGCAUUGGCAUCUGGACAUCUGCAUUUGUACGAUGGAAAUUCUCUGAGGGAUACCAUGUUUGUAAAGGAAGUGGUUUCAGCGGUGAAGUUUGGCCAGCUGGGUCAGGAAGAGAAUGUUUUCAUCAUAAUAACUAACAGCGGCGGCUUGGCGUUGAAGAUAUUGAAACGCACGGCGGAGUUCCUGGCGGCGGCGGGCGGCGUGGCGGCGGCCGGGGCUCCGCCCCCUCAGCCCUGGCUGCUGCCCAAGAGGUCCAAGCUGUUCCUGGAGCAGUCGGCCAGGGAGCGCGAGAACGCCGUCGCCAUGCACCAGGCCUUCCAGCUGGAGCUGAGCCGCCUACGUCUGGAAUCCGCGCGCGUUCUUCUAGCCGCUCACUCCAGCGGCGACAACUCCGUGGCGACAGGUGCCCUGGAACCAGUACGGCUCUCGGCCGAGGUGGAGGGCUUGGGCCCGGUGUUUCGAGUCACGCUCGUCGUCGAGAACUCGUCCAGUGACAAAGCUGUCAUUGGUCUCGCUCUCCUUUUUAAUGCACACACAAACUACAAGAUCUCCAGACCGUACUUGAAGGUGCCGCUUCUGCCACCGAACAGCCGUGUACAGCUGCGCACGAGGGUGGAGGAAUUGUUCGGGGAUGAGAUCAGCCCCGAGGUGCUCCUCCGCGGCGUCACGGGCCGCGGGGGGGAGCGCUGCCUCCUCAAGGUGCUGCUCCUCAAGGACGGCCGCAGGUCACCAGCGCUCGCCGCUACCGUCCAGAUACCACCAACCGACCCAAUGAUGGUGCCCUACGACAGGCUACUACCCGCCACCGAUUUCGAC